CCGGGUUGGUCAGUGAGGAGAGAGUGAGGAACAAAAUGCUUUUCAUUUGUUAAGGAGCUCAUUGACGAGCUGACAAACCCUCCAGAGUCUCCGAGCUCCGGCUUCACUUCACUGGCUUUUAUUUCCACAACAAACAAACUGUGGACUGUCCGGACAGACCCGACUCUUUAAAUCCACUUUGUUUAUUUCACUUUCUGCUGCAGCACCAAGCUCUUUCCUCACAGGCUCUGCGUUUUCCUGGUGAUGACCUCACUGUUGUUCCCUGGCAACGCCCACGCUGCGAUGAAGGACCUCUCCUCUUCCUCCUCUCCUCUCAGCUCCCUGCUCCACUACCCGUCCUCCAAAACCUCUGUCGUGCCGUUCUCUCCGUCCGCCGGCGCCGCCUCCUCGCCCGGAUCGUCUCUGUCGUCGUCGGCGCCGCUCUCCAAACCUCAGCCCUUCUGCCUCCAGACGGGGCCGCACCUCAUCGCCAGCAUGCAGCUGCAGAAGCUCAACUCGCAUUACCAGAACCUCGCCGGAGCUUCUGCCGGACACCCGGCGCCCGGAGGUGCUCAAAGGGGCUUCGGCGCCUCCACUCUGGGCACCGGGAACCAGCUUCUGGGGCCGUCCGGAGGCCUCGGUGGAGGUGGGAUGGGCGUUGGCAUCAGCGUGGGGAACCAAAGCUCCGGCAAUGGUGGAAUUAUCGACUUUGACCCCGUGGACGAGGAGGUCCUCAUGUCGCUGGUGGUGGAGCUGGGUUUGGACCGAGCCAACGAGCUGCCCGAGCUUUGGCUGGGUCAGAAUGAGUUCGACUUCAUGUCGGACGUGCCGGCCGGAUGCUGACCUACGAGAAGAGGAACUCUUGGAAUCGAUUGACGAACAGAGAGACGACUUUCUCUUCCUCUGUUUUUGUUUUUUCUCUUUCUUGGUUGAUUCGACGAGGAAACAGAAGAGACACCGAGUGCUGGAAGCUGAGCGAGAUUGUCUUACGGAAAGUUCGAACCCAACCUGACGGGAUUAAAAAGUUUUAUUUUCCUUUUCCAUUGAAGUUUGAACACAAAACAAGGAGUCGUCUCUCUUCCUGCCGUCACUCCGUAAGACAGUUCGGAGGCGUUCCGCGGAAACGAAACAGUAAAGGCGACACACCCGUCGGGACUUUCUCCAUCAAUGCUAAUGGAAAAUACUACGUUUCCUGUUUUCUUAAUGGACAAUAUUAGACUCUGGUCUCAUGGGAAAGAGACUCUUUGUCUCUUUGGUUUCACAAAGAAACUGAUUGUCCGAGAACUGGUUAUCUCAAUGUACUUCUUUUUCUUUCUUUCUUUCUUUCUUCUUGAACUGAGUUCAACCAGUCGUAUUCAUGUUAUUUAAGACAGUGGCUGAUAUCCAUCAAGACUUCUUUGGACAAGGAGCGCUUCUGUAGCGCGUCUAUAAUCAGUUCUACUUUUCCGAACAUAAUGAAUUAGAUCAAGGGAUGAGGAAUCUCUUCGGAGCACCGGACCUGAAUGGAGUAAAUUGUUUCUCGCUCCGGAGAACACCGCCGGUUGAGGCCCUUUUUAUUUUUUGUGGGGUCAUGUGAUUCCACAUUACAUGUUCAUGUUUUGUUUUUUGGACCUAGGUGCUCAAGUCGAAUCGGUGUUGAUGACCCUACAUCGCAGAUACCAAAGUCUUGUCAACGUUUGUGGACCAACGACCCUGAAUGGCACUCUACUUUUUGUUUUUCCUGUUUUACCGCUUUGUUGUUUAUGUCAAAACAUAAAUUCAAAACUUAUCAACACGUUCCCUGAUGGAUAAAAUGAAGCAUCCGUAUGUUUUUGUCUGUUUGAACACCUUGCAGGGCAGCUGGUGGUUUGGUUUCAUGUCAUUGACUCUGGCAGCCUCAUUUGAACGCCUAAAUUUGUCCUACUGAUGGUUUGUUUUGGUUUGUUUUUAGCUAACCAAUCACUGUCUGCUAAACAUUUGAUUUUGGCUACUGUAACUUGUAGAAACCAGCGUAAGCUUUAGUUGUGGGUAGCGCAAUGACAUAACAAUUCCAACCCAAGCUCUGAAAGCUCUUAACUUUAUCAGCCACAUGAACUAACAGUAUUGGAUUAUAUCAUCUGAAUGAUCUUUGAUUGGCGUCGAAGCUCCAGAAAACACUAAAAACAAGAAGAUGUUGAGGGGAAGCAACUUGUUUUAACAUUGAAGUUGCAUUUCACAUGCGAAAUGAUGAAAGUUCUUCAUCGUCUUUUUAGACUCACAGCCACAUUAAAACAUUAUUUGCGUAUCCUCCGCGAUGCCGUUCACUCUCUACGACUGUCAGAUAUUAACUCUUGUAGUUUACAGACUCUACCAGGUGUUUUCUUGCUCCUGCAGGCGUUAGCGGUGGAAAAUAAAAACCUCAGUGGGGAUUUAAAAACCGACACCCACCUGUUGGAGCCGCACUGUGCUGUGGGUGGAUGCAGGUAGCACGGCUCGGCUCUGACCUAUAUCUGCCGCGGUAAGAAGAUACGUCGAAACAAAGGCCUUUCACCUCGACUUGGUGUGUCUGUCAUCUGGACAUUGUUGGUCUUCUGUUGGACCGCACACUGGAAAUAACACACCUGUAUCUGCUUGUGUGUGUGUGUGUAUAUAUUUAUAUAUAUAUGUGGCAACUCACCUUGUCUGCACAAACACACACACACCGGGAACAGUCGACGUUCGGGCAUACAAAGGCGCACACAUACGGGAGCACGGGGAUGGUAUUACAGCAGGGAAACGAGAGUCGCCGCCGUGAAACAGGCACUUGUUCAGUUACACACAGACUUCUUGAGGUAUCGAGGUUGUUGGUGUGUGUGCGUUUGUGUAAAAAGAAAGACUGUACACGAGUCUUAAAACGCAAUUAAACGCGUGUGUCCGCGUUAAUUUAUUUAGAUACAGGCCGGUCGGCUUACAGACUUCAGUUCUGGAUGUUCGUCAGAGUCUCGGUUACACUCAAUGAGCACCAAUUUUCUUCUCCUUUCUUUAAUGAAACAUGAGAAGCGGUGAUUAAUGAGAACGCGACGAAGGAGUAAUUUGACAGAAUCUGCCUUUUUAAGCAGGACUCGCCUCGUAACAAACGCUUUAUUGACGCGGCGCGGAGAAGUCAAAGACGCUUCUCAUCACUUCUAAAUCCAACAGACAGACACGUUGAUUCUUCUCUUCCUCUUCGUCUCUCGUCGUCGCCGCUCUAAGUGGGUCGAAAUAACAUUCCCCAAAUCGAAGACGGCCUCGUGUUUGUUGUUUUGUGGUUCCAGCUGAUUGAAUGUUGUUGUUCUUCGCCGUAUGAUUCCCUCCUCUGAGAGGUUUCCUGCUGGAGAUGUUUGAGUCGUCGUGAGGACUUUCAUUUCCUCUUCUCCUCGACAGAUUAACCUUUUGACCUGAAGUAAACUUCAUAGCCGAGAAGGUUUCUACCGCAAUCAUGUCAGGAGAUCACGGUAAACAGUGGAACCUGAAGCAACAUCACAUAGAAAUUCAUAUUUUUCCAAUUUAGCGCCCCCCAGUUUCAGACUGUCCUCGAGUAUUUGUUCAGAUUAGCGAGUCCUCCUUAGCUUCCUCCAUCAACGUCCUCUUCACUCUCUUCUCCUCUGCCAUUAUGUCCAUACAGGCUCCUGUUCUGGCACGACACCAACUCUGCUCUUGUUAGCCUCCCCCUGUAAACCCUCCUUCUUCCUCUUCUUCUUCUGGUGGUCCAAAACGCCUGUGGUACAAACACUAACACUCCCCCGCUAUCUAAUAUUAGCUAACAGCACCACAAAGAGUCAACACCUUCUUCAAACCUCUAAGGCUGCCUUAGUUUUAGCUCGACGUACGUAAUGAACUGAUUAAACUGGCUUCUCGCGAUAAAUAAAUAAAUAAAAGCCACAGUCAGUAGCGGGUUUGCAGACUAGCAACACCUUUUCAAACUCAAUAAUUAACAAGUUUUGCUUGUUUAUUUGAUCUGUACGAAAAUGGAGGUGUUGCCAGGCAACCGGUGUAAACAGGAAGUCGCUGCUCUUGUUUUCACAGUUACAGAAAUUAAAAAAUAAAAAUAUUAUUAGUUGUUUUUCUGCGUCCCCGUAAACCUUCACGGUCCCCACAGCCAAUGUAGUUGAAGAUUUACGGUCUCCAUGUGACGGCUGGUGAUUUGUUACACGCCCAUCCAUCCGUUCGCCUCUUUGCGCCUCGUGGGAGUCGUGACAAACGUUCGGACACAUCAAGGCCUGUGAAAACCUUCGACGCGAGCGGUGAUUCAUCUGUUUGAAGGGUUUCCUCUGCGCGGUCCACUGCUCUCUCUCUCUGCACUGAUUUAUUCAUCACAUUUACUUUCGAACUUGUAUAUUAACGUUUUUGUUGUUUCUAAUGAUGAAAUGAUUAUUCAAAGAUGAUUUUUUAAAAGCACUUUUUUUUGCUCACCGGCUCUCACUUGUACAUCUUAUAUGAAUAUGUAAAUGACUGAAAUCAUAUUGAAAAAAAAAUGCUUGUAUUUUUGUUACGGCUCUGAGUUUGAGGGGAAAAUAAAGAAACUGAAAAGUGA